CUUGCCUUGAUCGGGGCUGGGGACGCGGCGAGCACCCGCGGCCUUCCUCGUCUGUUGUCCCACCCCUGCACCUGUCCCACCCCUGCACCUGUCCCACCCCUGCACCUGUCCCACCCCAACCUACUCUGGCUGAGUGUCUGACUGCCGCCCAAAUCGGUCUGCUCCGUUCCGUUUCGUUGCUGAUCUGCCGGUUUUUUCACGGGAUGGUCUCAGACUUCAAAAGGCCGUUUCACACGUUUUGUUAAAUUUGCAAGGAUAGGAUGAGCCAGGGUGACUCAAACCCAGCAGCAAUUCCACACGCAGCUGAGGAUGUCCAAGGCGAUGAUAGGUGGAUGUCACAGCAUAACCGAUUUGUCCUGGACUGCAAGGACAAGGAGCCUGACGUGCUGUUUGUGGGGGAUUCCAUGGUUCAGCUGCUACAGCAAUAUGAGAUAUGGCGUGAACUGUUUUCACCUUUACAUGCGCUGAAUUUUGGAAUUGGAGGGGACACAACGGGGCAUGUUCUGUGGAGACUGAAGAAUGGUGAACUGGAGAAUAUUAAACCCAAGGUCAUUGUUGUUUGGGUUGGAACAAACAAUCAUGAAAACACAGCAGAGGAAGUAGCUGGUGGAAUAGAGGCCAUUGUAAGGCUGAUAAAUACGCGGCAGCCCCAGGCCAAGAUUAUUGUGCUGGGCCUGCUGCCGCGUGGUGAGAAGCCAAACCUGCUGCGGCAGAAGAACAGCAAGGUGAACCAGCUCCUGAAGACCUCGCUGCCCAAACUCACCAACGUCCAGCUGCUGGACGUGGAUGGGGGCUUUGUGCACUCAGAUGGCACCAUUUCCUGCCACGACAUGUUUGAUUUUCUGCACCUAACGGGUGCUGGCUACGCCAAGAUCUGCAAACCCCUCCAUGAACUGAUCAUGCAGCUGCUGGAGGAGACCCCUGAAGAGAAGCAGGCGACUUUGGCCUGAUCCCAGCAGUGUUCGUGACACCCCCAACUCCAUCAGCGCCGUUCUUUUUAUUCUGGCACUACAGAAUCCUCCUUACUCAAAGUGCUUUCCAUUGUUGAAUGUUACUGGGUGUUGUGUUUAGCAUUGGAAAGGGGAAGGGAGCGGGGAGUGCGGGGUGGCCUGCCCUUGCAGCACAUGGGCCAGCUCACUUGGCCAGCCACCUGCUGCCUGGGGUGGCCUUAACUGCAGGACACGAUGGACUGAAGGAGGAUGAUACUUUCAAGUCAUUUCUCGUUUACAGUGUGAACGUUCCUCUCACCUGUCUGUUGCUCAUAUUCUGCUGUCACUCUACCAGUUCCUCCGCCGUAGCGUCCUGCCAGGCUUAUUUCAGUAGCCCCUAAAUGUCUGAGAUUAGCUGCACUCACAUUCCACUCCCUGAACUGAAAGUAACUGAACGUUGGAAUUGCUUGGAGAGUUUUUAUAUCUACUGGGGUUGGGUUUUUGUUUUAAGUGAUACUAGCUGCUUUCUGGCUUUGGCAACAACACAAAACAGGAUACAGCUACAGAAGACAACUUCAGGCAUGUGGAAAAUUAAUGCGUUAAAUGAGUGAACCCAUUAAACUUAGCCCAUUUUACUUCUGUCGCUUGAUGGAUGUCGCCCUGUUCAGGGUGCGUGUGCCCAAUUUUGCAUCCUGGAAGAACCAUUCUCUCUUCUUCUCCCGCACCCCCCGUGUGCUUUGGUACAACAUUCCCUGCUUUUAAGGCCCAGUGGCCUUUGGCGUCUGGUCCAUGGCCAGUCAUGUCCACCAAUAUGAAGCUGACAUUUCUUCCCUCUGUAGGGUAUCAUGCUGCAGAAUGCUGAGCGGAGGGGCUUAUGUUCUUUAAAAAAAAAGAAAGAGCAAAAAGUAAGUAACUGUUACUUCCUCCCCCCUUGAAAUAAUCCUUGCUCAUUUCCCUCUAACAAGGCCUGAAGGAGGUGAAACUUUACAAGGUCCAAGGUGUGUGUUUCUUUGUGGCUUCUAUCUUGUACAUGCAUUUUAUUUGUGCAAAUGAGGCCUCUGACAGUGAAGGACAGUUGAGCCGCAGCUGUUCACUCUUGAGCAGAAAGCAGGUCAUUUCCAGAGAUCUCAUAUGACUACAGCUUCCUAUAUAGAGACUACCAGGGAUAUAAAGCCUUAAUUCAUGACUGGUGAAGGGGAGAUUUCCCCUCAAAAAUUUCUGGGUUUGGGGGUCUGUUCUUAAACAUGUUUUUAAAAACAAAGAUGCUUCAUCUGUGGCUUGCUUUUACCUGAGGAAGUAAUUCAGCAAAGUCAGCUAUUACUACUUAGCAGUCGCUCGUAAGUCAAAUGUGUGUCCCCUCCCCCGCCAACAAAGUCUUGUGCAUGAGCCCUUCGUGGUUCUUUUUGUUGUAAAAAUGCUUUCUUCGUAGUCCUGGAGGGUUCUUGGGAGCAAGUUCACAUUCUGAACAUGCUACUUGAUGUCUUCCAAGUUAGCCUGUACCUAGCAUUCAUCCUUCCCUGUAGAUUUCCUCCAGUACAGGCAGGAGAAUCCAAAACGCACGAGAUUGCUACUUCACAAGAGAAUGGUUGGGACAACUCCUAUAGAGGAUCUCUGUCCUAAGGAGCAGUGUCAGCUGGAAUGCUGAAUUGGGGGUAGCUAUGGUUGCACCAGCCAUCCUCUCAAGAGGCCGCCUGGCCUGCUUACCCAGAGUGACAAACUUUUGUGGAAACGGUAACACUGACCUAACACUUAAUGAAAUACCUCUGUGGUGUUCCGUCCACGCUAGCGAAAUGGGCCAAACAUCCCUUCUAUAAGAGGCUCUGUUUUUCUCUCUCUUCAGAGGCGAGGCUAUCCCAGCUGUGAGAGGGAGUGCUAAGCAGGCCCAGUGUCGCUGUUACUUCACAAACCUAGCCCUGAACUAGCGGCUUCUCUUGUAUCUUGGGUCUCGGUUGCAUUUAGCCCUUUCCCUGGUGGGCUGCCCUGUUUCUGGCAAAAAAGGAGGCCAGAAUCCUGCCUGCCUGAUCUGUCACAAACAGGGACCGGGAAACACAGCUGCCCCACCGCACUCGGAGCUCUUGCCCUCUUUGCAAGGGCCAGUGUCGGGUAUCCGGCUCCUCUGUAUCCCCAAAUGAGAUCCUCAUCCUGGGAUGUGCUGGGAGAAACUUGUUGCUGUCGGCUGGCUCUUCUGCUGCCCGGUGCUCCUGGUAACCCAGGAAUGCCUCUGGCUCAUGUAACUGGCUGCUGCCUUCUCCCCUUCAGCUUUUAGGUGGGUUCUCUCUCUAAACUCAUUGCUGUUUACAGUUGUGUGCUGCAACUUGGAAUCUUGUCUGUCCUGUGGUGUAUGAACAUUGCCAAUUUUAUAUUUAUUGCAGCAAAGAAAAAGCAUGGAAGGUUAAGGAAUGUUGUCUUUCUCGUAAUGUAUGUGUGUGUGUGUGUGCGCACGCGUGUGGCUGUAACUGGGGGACCCUGAGCCCACAGGAGAGAACUGGGGGCUGGCAGCAUGCUUGCUCAAGAGUCUGGAACGUCCUUGGAGCCCUGCUGGGUAGUGACUUUUUGCUGCUGGGAGACAUGGGAGGGGCUGCUUCUCUCCCUUUUUACUGGUAGCGAACUGAACUUUCCACCCACCACCACCAAAAAGUGAUAAUGGCUUUGGCAAAAUGUCAUUGAUGACUGGUAGAGCUCACUGUUUAGUGCAUAUUUCAAUAUAAAUGUAUAUGUUUCACCAA